AUGGCACCACCUAAAUAUGACGAUGAAAUGUACGAACAGCAUCCUGUAAAAUACUGGAGCGACACCAAACGCAAGAAGCUUGCUUACACAGACCACAAUCACAUUCACGACGACUAUCCGGUAGAUAAGGAACGCGCCAUCAUCUACAGGAACAACGAGCUCAUCUUCUCUCCAAUACCCAGCGGAUGGGCAAGUAACGCUGAGAUGAUGCCUGAAAAGGAUAUCGGCCUGCUCGCUGAUCGUGUCUUCGCUUUUGUCUUGCAAACACGAACAUUUGGCGUACUCUUCCUGACCACAAAUCGAGUAGGCGUCCUAGACGAAGCCAUAAAAUCGCGACUUACGUACACAGCCUAUUACCCACCUCUGGACGAGAAACAGACACAGAACAUCUGGAAAGUCAACUUGAGACUUCUGAAAGAAAGAAACAAAGAGCUCGACGUUGACGAAAAGGCUAUUUUGAGGUUUGCCAAAAGACACUUCAGAGCUAAUGUAGAAACCAGUUCUACAUGGAACGGAAGACAGAUUCAGAACGCUUUCAAGGUUGCUACAGCACUUGCAGAUUGGGAUGACCAGAGCAUCAAUGAUCAACAGCGUGAUGGUGGAGCGAAAAGGAGAUCAAAACUCCUUCCAUCGCACUUCGAAAUCAUUGCGCAUGGCACACAUGCUUUCGACCGAUAUCUUCGAGCGGCAGUCGGCUACAACGAUGCUCAGAGAGCUUACAACGAGCAGGUCAGAGACGAUGAGCAUCAAUUUGAAGCACAUCUAUCUCUCGACACCCAUGAUCAUAGUCACAGUUUGCCAGCCGAGGACUACCGUCGAAGCGCUCCCUCACUGUCACCGAUGCAGACCUAUGGCAGGCCUUCCAGCAACAUGAUACCCCAGCAGUCCCUUGACCCAGGCCAUGGUCAAUAUGCACUACACGCUGACGUACACAACACAGUCAGCCGUCGCCGAUCCUCAACACACUGGCAAGCUCAAGCGAGUCAUUCUCCACAACCCACAAAUACACAAGCUCGUCAACGCAGGCUCUCGAGCAAUACCCAUUCUGUCCCGAACCUGCAGACAUCCUCCCCUCAUGUCGGUCCGUACUCCAUGUCGCCCGCACGAAGAGGAGGCUUAUCCGAGAGCUAUAGCAGAGACGCAGAUCGUGAUGGUGCACUAGACCUGGACUCAGACGUGGAUAGCCUGGAGUCUGACAUUGACAUGCCCAAGGACAAACAUCGCAAUGUCUCCACCCAGGAGAACCUCAAAUAUGCUCAACGCGAACAGGACGAGGAAUGGGACUAG